UUUGAUAAGGCCUGGGCGGAGAAGAAGGGUAACCCAUUCUCGUCAUUUUUUGGUGACGAUGAUUCCUCAUCCUCAGAGGAAGACUCCUCAUCAUCCUCAGAAGAAGAAGAAGAAGAGAAGAAACAAGAGGAUGACUCCUCCUCAUCAGAUGAAGAUUCCUCUUCAUCUUCGGACGAUGAUCUCGACAAGAAACAAGAAGAUAGUUCCUCAUCCUCAGAUGAAGAUUCCUCUUCAUCUUCGGACGAGGAUUUGGACAAGAAACAAGAGGAUGACUCCUCAUCAUCAUCAGAUGAAGAUUCCUCGUCAUCUUCGGACGAAGAUUUGGACAAGAAACAAGAGGAUGACUCCUCAUCCUCAGAUGACGAUGACUCCUCCUCCUCUUCGGACGAUGAUUCCUCUUCAUCCUCGGACGAUGAUUUGGACAAGAAACAAGAGGAUGACUCCUCAUCCUCUUCGGACGAUGACUCCUCCUCCUCUUCGGACGAUGAUUCCUCUUCAUCCUCAGACGAUGAUCUCGACAAGAAACAAGACGACGACUCCUCAUCCUCAGAUGAGGAUUCCUCUUCCUCCUCCUCGGAUGAGGACGAAGAACGUCGCCUGGCAGAGCGGCUCUACAGUAUGAUCGACCAGAAUGAGAAGGGCACGGUUGCCGAUAAGAAAGCACACGAACUGGUCCAGAUGCUGAACUCUAAGAAGAGCGACGAAAGCGAUAGCAGCGACAGUGACAGUGACAGCAGCGACAGCGAUGACGACGACAAGAAGAAGAAGGACUGGUUCGGACAAAGUCUACAACUGGUGAAGAAAACCCUGACUAUGCUGAAGAAACAAGAUGGCGCCAGUGCGGAGUCAUCUGAUGAAGACUCUUCCUCAUCUGACGAAGAUGAAGAAGAAGAGCGCAAGCGUCUUGUCAAGGAGAGUCUGAAUGUCUAUCAGCAGUACCUGAAGGACAACAAGAUGGACAAAAAAGCGAAAUGCACCGAUGAAGCGUUCGCUGCGUGUUCUAAAGAUGACGACUGCUGCGGGGACAUGAAGUGCGUUGACCAGGGCGUGAAGUUCUGUCUGAAAGCCAUCAAGUAGAACAAAUGCACCAAGGACAACUUUGUUACGAAACUGCAAAUCACCAGCGGUAGCAUCAACAGUAUAGCAGCAUCAGCAUCAGCAUCAGUACCAUAAUCAGUACCAUCAUCAGUAGCAUCGCAGUAGCAUCAGCAAUAGCAUCGAAGCAGCAUGAUCAGUUGUAUUGAAGCAGUAUCGACAGUAGAAUCAGCAGUGGCAUCAGUAGUAGCACCAGUAGUAGCAACAAUAAUAGCACCAGUAGUAGCAACAGUAAUAGCAUCAGUAGUAGCAUCAGUAGUAGCAUCAGUAGUAGCA